AUGAAACGAAGUGUACAUUCAAGCGCUGUGCAAGCAAACACUACUCACUCAGGGGCCCUGUUUAGAGAGCGUACACCACAGGCGUAUGCCCGUGCUAUGGCAGAGGGACUUGUUACUGUAAACAAUAUCCCCGCUUUUCCCAAAACCGUGCUCAAAGACGGAGACUUGAUCCAGCACUCUACCAUCCGCACAGAACCUCCAGUGUCAGCAGACCCCAUUGGAAUCGUUUAUGAGGAUAAUGACUGGCUCGUCAUAGACAAGCCGCUGGGCAUACCUGCACAUCCCGCAGGUAGGUAUACCUACAACACUGUGACAAAUAUCUUGUUUCAUGAGAUGGGCCGUGUAGCUCAUCCGUGCAAUCGCUUGGACAGACUCACCUCGGGAUUGAUGUUUUUGGCCAAAACGAGAGACGGCGCAGAAAGGUUGACCCUGCAGAUCAGAGACAGAACAGUGCGCAAGAAGUACCUUGCGCGCGUCAAGGGUCUUUUCCCCGGACGCCUCACUGUAAAUGCACCAUUAUAUACAUUGAGUCCGAAACAUACUCUCAAUGUUGUUGACCAUGUUAGGGGUAAGCCCGCUGAAACUCUGUUUCAGCGACUAAUGGUACAUUUGCAAUAUGUGGGGCAUCCUAUAGCCAAUGAUCCUAUUUACUCAACACCAGCUGCACUAGCAGGUGUAGAGUCGAUAAAAAAAGCACUAGCAGGAGCCAAAUGCGACCCAGGUGCAAAAAACUGUGCAAAUGUAACCCUAACAGGGGACUGUGCAAGAGAUGGUGAAGAUGGUGCAAGAGAUGGUGAAGAUGGUGCAAGAGAUGGUGAAGGUGGUGCAAGAGAUGGUGAAGAUGGUGCAAGAGAUGGUGAAGAUGGUGCAAGAGAUGGUGAAGGUGGUGCAAGAGAUGGUGAAGAUGGUGCAAGAGAUGGUGAAGAUGGUGCAAGAGAUGGUGAAGGUGGUGCAAGAGAUGGUGAAGAUGGUGCAAGAGAUGGUGAAGAUGGUGCAAGAGAUGGUGAAGGUGGUGCAAGAGAUGGUGAAGAUGGUGCAAGAGAUGGUGAAGAUGGUGCAAGAGAUGGUGGAGAUGGUGCAAGAGAUGGUGGAGAUGGUGCACUAGCGUUGCCUUCGGCUCCUGAUGACGGAGAUGGUGGUUGGGAACUAGUGAUUUCCUACCUUGAUUCGAUUGGAAAGACACGCCCCGCAUCAAGCUGGUUCUUCCCCGAUGCUCCUGGAGAAAUGCUCAUUCCUUCGUCCUCCCCUGAUGACCCAGAAUACUCCGACCCCGGAGUCAACGACUUGUCACUUUGGCUACAUGCAUACCUGUACUCUGCUGACGACGGAUCCUGGCUGUUCUCGACGCGUUUUCCUGCGUGGGCAACAGAACCUGCCAAAAAAUACAUGCGCAUGGCCAUAGAAGAGGCAAAGAAGUGCUCAGAAACAAAGACUAUGUUUAACGUGGGGUGUGUUUUGGUCAAUAGCGGUGAUGUCAUUGCAAAAGGCUACUCUAGAGAGUUACCGGGAAACACUCACGCAGAACAAUGCGCAAUACAGAAAUACUUUACCGCUGCCCUGGGCAGUAAUAAUUCAAAAGAAAUGCCUCCUUACACCGAGAUAUACACUACUAUGGAGCCGUGCUCAAAACGGCUCAGCGGCAAUUUGCCCUGUGUAGAUAGGAUUUUGGCCCUCCCGAUAACCUCUUGCUUUGUUGGUGUAUCAGAACCAGAAACGUUUAUUGAGAAUAAUGUGCUGUUACAGAAAUUGACUGAAAACGAUGUGUUUUAUGUGCACGUGCCUGGUUUGGAAAAGGAGUGUCUUAGCGAGGCUACAAGAGGUCACCCUCAACCCCCAGUGAUUUCUUCUGAGCCAGUAGACUUAGACUUAGAGAAGAGUAAUAAAAACAAUAAUUAG